AUGGCGAAUCGAGGCUACGAUGUCGUCGUCGACGUCGACACAGAGGGCGACCUAGGCCACACCGACCUCCAAGACGACGACCUAGAAUUCCACUCGUCAAACUUCGAAUCCAACCCGUCGAGCCAGCGCAAGAUCCAACCGGACACGCCCUUCCUCUCCACCGGCAGCGGCGUCAACAACCUGGGCGCGGCGCCCUCCUCCUCCUCGACCUCCGCCCAGAAACACAUGCUCUGGUCGCUCUCGUUCUACGCGCAAUUCUUCGACGUCGACACCACGACCGUGCUCCACCGAUGUCGGUCUGCAAUCCUCCCGUUCAUCCCGAACACGCCACCGUUCCUCGACAUCAUGGACGGCAACCCCGACCUGUACGGCCCGUUCUGGAUUGCCACGACCGUCGUGGUCAUCUUGUUCCUCACGGGCACCAUCAGCCACAAGCUCGCCACCGAGGGGAAGAAGCACUUUGAGUAUGAUUUCUCGCUGCUGGGCGGUGCGGCCGGCCUGGUCUACGGGUACACGCUGUUCGUGCCGCUGGGGCUGUGGGCCGCGCUGCGGUGGUUUGGGGCGCAGUCGCUGGAACUGGUCGAAUGCUGGGCCCUGUACGGAUACGGCAAUCUGUUCUGGAUCGCUGUGGCGCUGGUGUCGUGGUCGCCGCUGAACGGGCUCAACUAUGCCCUCGUCGGAUUGGGCUACGCCGUCAGCGUCUUCUUCCUGGUCAAGAAUCUGUACCCCGUGAUCAGUGCGACGGAGAAGAAAAUCAGCCAGGUGCUCUUGGUGGCGGUGGUGCUGUUGCAUGCCGGGUUUGCCAUUGCCAUCAAGGUUCUAUUUUUCAGUCAUAUGAGUCCGGCCAAGGACGAUGACAGCAAGGCCAGGUUAUUCUAA